CCCAAGUUCGACCUAUUGACUCCUAACGUGAAUACAUGAGAUUUGUCUCUCAAAUCCUUUCUAGAAUCGUUCCGAUCCACUUCUCCUUCUUUCUCUACUUCGGUUCUAAUGUCGACGGGAUAAAGAUGGUGAGCUCUUCUCUUCUUCGGCUCUAAUUCAAACUUAGUUUAUUCCUUUUCCACCGCAUUCACAAUAGGUAGGUUUUGGCUUACCUUUUAUUGGAAUUGUUUGUCCAAUUCUCUCACCUUUAUAAAUAUAGGGUUAUUCGGUGUACUUGAGAGAGAUGAGAACCGCGAGGGAGAGAUAUAUAGAACUUGAUGAUUCUUUGUUCUUUCUUCCCGCGACGCUUGGUUGUCGCCGAAGUUUUACCCUCCAAUUCUGUGUUCUUUUUGUUCCAUCGAUUUGAAUCGAUAACGGGUUCUUGGAUGCCUACAAAUCCUCCCACUUUGUUGUGUUGCUUCAUUGGAAAGCUUAUAAUUGGAGCGGAGUAGGUUGUGAUUUGAGCUUACCGAAUUAUUUCAGUUUAAAUUAUAGCACUGUUGUCUUACUUUCCUUUUAGUUAUUAUUUUGAUUAAUUGUUACUAACCUAGUAAGAACAACCCGAGUCAUUGAUCUUAGGGGUAAUAAAUUUUCAACAGUGGUAUCAGAGCCAAGCUUGAAUGGUUGAUGAGUUUGAGAAUCAGAAUAUUAAAUUGUGCCCUGAAUUUGGUAAUGAACAAUAAUCCUUACUUUUUAUUUGUUAAUUAGUUAUAGGGUAAGUUGAGAUUAAAUUUGUGAAUUUUGAUUGGUUGAUACUGCUACCAUGGGUGCUCAAAGAGCGAGUUAGUAACUGAGUUAGUAACUGAUCACUGAUAGUUAGUGAAUUGUGUAACAUUCUUGCAUAGUAAUUGUGUGGCUUUUGUGUUGCUACUUUGGCGUUAUGACAAUUAUAUCCAUUGCACAUUUUGACAAAAAUAAAAAUAAAUUGAAUUUUCAAUUCGGCAACAAAAGAUGAAAAAUAUCAUAGUAAUACAAAAAGUUUCUAAAACUAUUGAUGGUGAUGUUAAUCGUCUAUUGAUUGAAGAUAGAAAGGUUGAGUUAGAUGAACAUGCAUAUUCGUUGAUAAUAUUGAACUUAUCUAACUCCGUGAUUAGAAAAGUAGAAAAACAUAAUUUUGCAAAAGAACUUUGGAAAAAAUUAGAAGAAAUCUAAAUGAAAAAAUAUUUGCCGAAUAAAUUCGUUAUGCUUGAAAAGUUCUUCAGAUUUAAACUUAAUUUAACUAAAUCAAUAGAUGAAAAUCUUGAUAUUUUUACUAAACUUGUUCAAAAUACUUAAACAAAUAGGAGAUAAGAAUAUUGAUGAAUAUACAUACACCUAUUGUGCUUGGGAAUGUGAUUCAUGAAUUUUUCUAUUUUUAUUUUUUAUGUCAAAUCUGCUAUUAAAUAUAGUAGAGAUAGUAUAACUCUUUUAAUAAUUAUGUAUGGAUUAAAGAUUAAAUAAUUAGACUUGCAAGUUAAUGGCAAAAAAAAAAAAAAACAAGCGGUUGAUAAGGUCUUGUUUGCUAUGGGUAAGUCACGAAAAAUUUUGACAAUCAAAAGAAUAAUGACAUGUGGAAAGGUAAGAAUAGAAAGUUCUAUAAUUGUGGGAAUAAGAAUUGUUAUAUAAGUUAUUGUCCACAUCCUAAAGAAAAUUUUAGAAAUCAACAACAUGAUAAAAACAAAUAUUACUAUAGAGAAUGAGGUCGUAGGUAACGUGUUUAUGCUAAGAGAUAAUUUUUACUAUUGAUCAAAUGUGGGAAAAUGAAUGGUUACUUGAUAUUGCCCUUGAUAAAUUUAUUUUCGAUUUUUAACUCUAUAUCGCAUACUUGUGUUGGUAUUAAUUGUGCUAAAGUUAAAUUGUUUGGUUAUAUGUCAACUUUUGUAAUAGUGGAUGUGCUACAACUUGGUAUUUCUUAUUGUGUUUGCAUAUGUGUUUGCUAUGUGUUUUCUAUACAAUUUGUGUGCAAUAACUAAGUGGUAAGUUGCAAUAUAAAGACGAUAAUAUAAGCAUGUUCUCUACUUUUGUUAUGCCCUCCAAAGCAACAAUGAUGGUCGAUAAAAGACAAGGGGGAGAUUGUUGGGUUUGUGUUUGAAUCAACCCAACCCAAGAUCCAAUCAACCCGACCCGAGUCUGACCCAUUGACUCCUAACUAUAUUAAAUGAGAUUUGUCUAUCAAAUCUCUUUAAGAAUCGUUCCGACCAAUUCUUCCCCUUUUCUCUAUUUCUGUUCCGAUAUUGACGGGAUAAAGAUGAUGAACUAUUUUCAUCUUCUGUUUGUUUUCAAACUUGGUUUAUCCCUAUUCCAUUGCCUUCGCACCAGCUACUCUCCGGAUCGGCGGCUGCGGUUGCGAAUGGCGGCGGAGAAAGAGAAAUGGGAAGGCAAAGCCACGGCGGAGGUGCGGGGGCCGACGGCGGCGGAGGUUUGGCCGCUGAUUGAGGAUUUCUUCGCCAUCCACAAGUGGCUCCCCACCGUCGACACGUGUCACAAGCUCGAUGAAGGCCUCCGCUACUGCGCCGGCGGCGGCGGCGGCGAUGUGAAGUGGUGCCGUGAAAGGCUGGUGUCGGUUGAUUCCGAGAACAGAUGUUUGAGCUACGAGUUGUUGGAGAGUAAUAUGGGGUUUAAGUCCUACCGCUCCACCAUCGGAGUUGAGCCCGCCGCCGGCGACGGCGGCGGCGGCUGCCGGAUUGUGUGGUCGUUCGCGGCGGAUCCGGUGGAGGGUUUGAGGUAUGGAGAUUUGGUGGGGUAUAUUGACGCGGGUCUGCAAGGCAUGGCUGCCAAGUUCCAGAAGGCCUUCUCCUCUUCUUCCUCCUCUUUUUGAUUGAUUUCUUUCGUUCUUGCUUUUGCUUUCGACUUUAUUUGUUAAUGAGUUUUUAAUGAGAACUGUGAGAUUCUGCUA